AUGACCAGACGGGACACUGUCGCAGCGAACGAAGAAUCCAACAUGCGCUUGGCACUCCGCAUGAUGGAUUGCUGUCCUGGUGUUCACAUCAAAGUGCACUCGUUGGGCCCAGACACCAUCACAUACACCGCCAGCAAACAAGCGGUUAAUUGGGAGUCAGUGCGGGCAUGGCCUGAUGAGCUCAUCCCAAUUUCCAAGAGACGUGCUGCUGAUCAAGAGUACCGGUGGACGUUGGCAGAGAAUCGACAACCGGACGGUAUUGAUGACGGAUGUUUAUCGGACAGUUAUAACGAAGAAAACUUCAUUCUUUGGCGGGACAUUCAACAAGAACGGUACCCAUCCGUUUAG